AGGAACCUCUUCCGGCGCAGGGAUCAUAUGUGAGGUUAUAGUGUCCUUGCACGUGUUUCAAGCGCAUUCUGUGCGUCUGAGUAGCCGGUGAUCAGAUCAGAUCAGAUCAAAAGAAGUGCAGCCAUGCUGAAAUCUUUAACACGUGCUGUUAGCAUCGCGGCUCGACUGACCAACAAGGCCCCGAGUGCGUGUUUAAGCUUCGGCACUGAGCCGCUUGUCAGAUCCGCGCUGUGCCCCCCGACCUCGGCCACCAUCCGGCCGUUUACGCGCUCCAUGUGGAUGAUGUGCGGCAACAACGACGGCAAACGAGACAAACUGCUCGCUACCCAACACACUGUCCUGUCCUGCGGCUGUGGAGGCCUUCAUACAGAAGGUGACAAAGCAUUUGUAGACUUUCUCGCAGAAGAAAUCAAAGAGGAGAAGAAGAUCCAGAAAAGCAAGACACUCCCCAAGAUAUCUGGAGGAUGGGAGCUUGAGCUGAAUGGCACAGAAGCAAAACUUACCCGCUCCGUCUCCGGAGAGAAAGUGAUCGUCACAUUCAACGUUAACAACAGCAUUCCCCCGAACUUGGAGGAGGAACCAGAACAGGGCCAGAAGGCUGAAGGCAACGAGCCUGACAUCGUCUCCACGCCUAACUUUGUCGUUGAGGUGACUAAACAGGGAGCGAAGAACUCCCUGGUGUUCGAUUGCCAUUUUCCAGAAGAUGAGAUCGGCCACGGUGAAGGAGAGGAGGAAAGCGAUAUCUUCACCAUCCGUGAAGUCAGUUUCCAGCCUGAAGGAGAGGAGGACUGGAAGGAGACAAGCUACACCCUCAACACAGACUCUCUGGACUGGGCACUUUAUGACCAUUUAGUGGACUUCUUGGCUGAUCGUGGUAUUGACAACACCUUUGCAGAUGAGCUGGUGGAGUUGAGCACAGCACUGGAGCAUCAGGAGUACAUCAAGUUCCUCGAGGAUCUCAACGGUUUUAUCAAAUGCCACUGAUUUACAUUGUGUGCAGUUUUCCCCUGUCCAACUACUAGGAAAUACUAAUAUACAGAAAUAAAGACCCAGUACAAAACGUU